AUGACUUUAAACGAAGUUGACCAUAAUUCGUCACCUAAUCCACAGUUUAGCAAAUCAAAUUAUCACUCACAGUUGUCCAAGUCAUUGUUUCGACAUUACAAUAAGUCGGCACAAGCUUUGCAAAAGAGCGGUAAUCAAACGCCAGAUUUCGUUUUUCAAGAGCCCAAGGCAUUGAAUCAACCGGAAGAAGUCGAUUAUCGUCAAGUUCCUGAUUACCACAGGAAUGGUAAUGACUAUUUUGUGGAUAGAGGCGCCAUUUCAGUGCCAUCAUCAAGAAUUGAGACUUUUUACACUGACAAGUCGAUAGAAGAAGAGGUCCAUAAUAUUAUGCAUGACUAUGAGGUUUUGCAUAAUUAUGAGCAACCGGUUGAUGUGACUGCACUGCAACAUGGAAAUGAUGAAUAUCGUUUGUCCUCGAACCCUCACUAUGAUCAGAGUGCACAACCUGUCUAUCAAGAACAACAGCUACAUCGUGAUUAUCAGAAUGUAACUACUCAGCCACAGCAGUAUCAGGGAUACAAUAAUGGCCUGCAAGAACCACAAUUCAACCAACCGCAUUAUCAACCUCCACACCAGCAGCUACAGCAUUCACACCAGCAGCAGCAACAGCAACAGCAACAACCACAACCACAACCACAACCACAACCACAACCACAACCACAAUCACAACCACAACAGUUUCAUGAACAUCUACCCAACUAUAAUCAACAUCAACAACAAACUGUACCCCAGCUGUACCCCUACCCAAGACAAGUUUACUCACAACAGAGUGGAAGUGUUCAGUCUUCAUAUCCUCCGACAUACAAUCAACCUUUCAAUCCUCACCAUGCACCUACGCGAACACCACAAUUAAACAUUCCUCACAAACAAGCAAAUUAUCAAUACCCAGCUGAUGUUGAAAGACAUGAAACACAAAACUUGCCAACUUAUUCCAAUACCUCACUGAAUGUGCCUAAUGAUUAUGAACCAUCCAGCUACCCACAACCAAUAUAUGCUACAAAAGAGUCGACGUUUGGACCCAAGGUAAAAGCAAAGCGAGGAAGACCAAGGAAAAAACCGGGAUUUCAUUUAAAGUUGGAUGGAAUCAACAAAAGAGCCAAUUUACCAAACAGGCUUGUUUCUUCAUCCCAAUCAGAUUCAGGAACAGAUUACUGGAACAGAGCUCCAAGUGGUGGUGUCAAUCAUGGUCCACUGAGACUUUCCAUGACACUAACGCGUGAAGAAUUUGAGAUGAAGAAAGACAUGGAAUUGAAUGAAGGUAACUUGUAUGGUUCUGUUCCGGGGAUCAAUUUGACUCCGUCCGUGGAUCCUCCUACGAAAAGCUACUUUGAAAUAGACCAUACACCUGGGAUUGAACCUGUUGCAAACGGAAGCUACUUUUCCCCUGCUAUUGGUCAUGAUGGUGGAAUGGAUAAUUUCAAUCAGUCAUUUGAGGUGUACUUGAACAAGACGGAUGAGUUCUCGGUAUCGGGUGCGCAGGAUCAAGACUUGGUCGAUUCAAACGUUAUGGGCUUCUCAAUGCCCCAGUUUCAAGAAGAGGAAACGAGGGAAUUGCACCAAGAACCUAUGAAGGAGGAAUUCACUCCCUUGGGUUUACCAAUUGAUCCAUAUGUGUCUCAAAAUGAAUCAUCCUCUGGAAAAGCUUCAGGUGCUGAUGUUGACGACUACUCACAAUCGACAUACUCGGCAGACAUUCCACUGUUCAACAUUGACCAGUACAUAAAUUCUGAUGAAGAUCACGAAGUACACCCAACGGUAAAUCAGACGCUAUCGGACCAUAGUUCUCCCCAUAGUGUAGCGUCAGUAGGAUCUGAUGUCAAAGAUUCCCCAAACAAUGCGCAACCAGCCCCCAAAAAGAAGGCAAGCAAAGGAGCUGUAUGUCCUGUAUGCGACAAGUUUAUUAGUCGUGAUUUAACUCGUCACAUGCGAAUACAUAACGAAAUUGGUAGGUUUCAAUGUGUUUACCCAAGGGAGAUGUGUAAUCACAAGACACAAAACUUCAACCGGCCAUAUGAUUACAAGAAGCACUUGUUGCAUCUGCAUUUCAAGUUUGACGAUGCAAGAGGCAAAACGGCUCAUACUUUGGGAGAUAAGUUACCAAUGAGUGGUACCUGUAUGGCUUGUGGCGCAAGGUACGUUGCUAGUGAUUGGUUGAGUGAGCAUGUCUUGACCCAAAAUGAAGUACAGAGAUGUGUUUAUGUCGAUGCAAAGGCCCUGAGAGAACAAUUUUGA